AUGGGACUUACAUUUAAGGAGGAACUGUUGGAUUAUUUUCUAGUCCCAAUUGGUUUACUGCUCAUGAUUGGAUAUCAUCUAUUCCAUAUCCACAGAUGCCUAAAUUUCCCUGAUACCACUGUUAUCGGCUACGAAAAUCAUAACAAGAAGGCUUGGGUUCAAAGAACCCUACAGGUUGAAGCCAAGGAUAGAGGGCAGGCUAUAGAUGUGAUCAACAGCAACUUAUCUGCAGCAAUUUCACUGGCUUCGUUUUCACUGGCUUUGAGUUCUCUAAUCGGGGCAUGGAUUGGAAGCGUCUCCCACAAUGUUUUCAUAAGUAGUAAUAUCUAUGGAAAUAAAAGCUCGACUGCUGUUUACAUCAAGUACAUAGCUCUUCUGUCAUGUUUUCUGGUUGCUUUUGUUUGUUUUGUUCAAACAGCAAGGUGUUUUGUUGAUGCCAAUUUCCUCAUAAGCAUGCCGAACUGUGAAGUUCCUUCUACCCAAGUUGAGAAUGCAGUUAUAAGAGGAAGUAAUUACUGGAUAAUUGGCUUGAGAUCGCUCUUUUUCGCAAGUAAUUUGCUUCUUUGGAUUUUCGGUCCAAUCCCAAUGUUUGUUUGCUCGAUGAUAACAGUAGUGGUGCUUUAUAAUCUGGAUAGAAAUACAAGCCCGUUGCCUCAGUAUAAGACACGAGUCCGUUAUCACCCAGAGAAGAAUGAUAACGAAAAUACUGCAGUUAAUAGUACUAAUGAUAGUUGUAAGAGAUCAGAUACAGCUGAAGAAGAACAUCCAGCAUCUAAUUAUGUUCACAUAGUACGUGAAGCAAAUCAGCAAUACAAGACAGAAAACCAUAACAGGGAUGAAAGUGGAUAA